AUGAGAAUGGAUCAAGGAAAAGCAUUUAUGACAAAUGGGAAGUUCUGCUUUGUCCUGUGUGGCUGGAGAGUGGGAGCCCUGAUGGCUCUGUGUCUCCUGCAGCAGGCUCGAGGUCAUGUUCAACUUCUCCCUCCUCAAAAUGUGACCCUGCUGUCCAGGGAUUUUGCCAUGAUUUUGACCUGGGCCCCAGGGGAAGGCUCUCCCCCAGAUGUGACCUACACUGUGAGGUAUGAAAGCCAGGAUCGCCUGGACAAAUGGAGGAAGGUUCCUCACUGCAGGAACAUCCCCAGGUCCUUCUGCAACCUGACUUGUGCCCUCUCCAACCUCUACGUUAAGGUCCGGGCUCGGGUGAAGGCGGUUUGGGGCCGGUCCCAGUCGCCCUGGGUGAAAUCCCAGUUCAAGGAUUACUACUCAGAUGUGGAACUGGCUCCCCCUGUGCUGACCCUGAAGGUCAGGGACAAUUCCAUCCACGUCAGUGCCUCCUUCCCUCUGCCCACCUGUGUGGAGAACCUCACCUGGAAGUAUGACCUGAACCUCUGGGAAGCGGGAUCUCAAGACAAGAAGAAAUAUGAGGGUUACUUCAGGAAGGACACAGUGACCAUAAACACCACUGCCCUCAGAGGCAAUUACUGCUUCAGUGCCAGGGCUCUCUAUGAAAGCAUCAACUUGAAGCACAGUGAAUUCUCCCAGCCUGUGUGUGUGCUGUUAAACCACAAAGCACAGUGGAAGUUCCCACUUCUGGUUGUGAUCCCUCUGUUUGUCCUCUCCAUCUUUGUGGCCAGUCCCUUGAUCUGCUGCCUGGUGAAACAGGAGGCCAAGCAAAGGAAGAUGCCUCAGGUUUUGGAUUUCUCUCAAUUUAAAGCUGCUGGACCAACCUUCCACUUGGAGCUCGGUGAAAAGGAAUUCUGCAGUGAUGAUCUGAGCUGCUCAGAGAAGCCAGUGCCUCAAAGGAGGACAAACAGAGCUUUAGGAGGACACCACCUGCCAUGGGUGGCUUCUUUCCCAUCUUCAUCAUCACUGUCAUCAUCAUGGUCAGAGGAUGAGGAGGAGGAAGACAGCAGCACUUUGAUCCCAUACCGUGCAAUGCCUCGGUAUCCAAAGAGAGGUCUCAGCUCUCAGCCAUGCCCAGCAGCUCUGGGGGAAAGCAGCCUGGAUUCGGGAUCUGGAGAUCUCUCUGUGGCAUCUGUGCUUGACCUCAGAGCCCUGGGUUUCACCCUCUUUGCAGAGAGGAAGGGUGAGAUGGACACCUCAGGGUCCCAGGCAAACGAGGAGCCCUCCCUUUACCUCUGCUCCUCCUUGGAAAGGAUCUCCCUCACUGAUGUGACAUUCCCAUGUGCCCCAGAGCAGGGGCAGGAUGAUGGACACAGGGAUGAGAGGCUGGGAAUGAGCCCCCUUCACCCCCUGCUGGGGGGGAUUGGUGCUGAACCCCACGAGCACAGGAAGGCUCCUCAUUCCUGCAGGGGUUACCAGAAAUCCAUCCUUGAUCUGCAGCUCCAGGAGGAUCCCAGCAGGCAGCUGCUCAUCCCCUUGUGGACACUGCAGGUGGCAGAGGAUGAAGGCAUUGCCAGUGACUGUGGCAGUGACAGCUUUACAGAAGGGACCCCUCCCGAGUCCACAGUGCUCAGUGAUGCUUUUGGGACUUCAGUUACAGAGGGAAAAUGUGAUCCAAAGCUGCGAUUCCCAGGCUAUGAGCACUCACAUUACUUGGGAAGGAUCUGA